GGAGGCGCCUGUCUGGCCCAGGGAGACAGGGGAUGUACCGUGGGGGUACCUGAACUUCGGGCAUCGCAGGGUUUACUGCGACUAUCGGAAACAUUUGUGGUACACUCGCCAGUCCGAUGCGCGCCGCUGCGUAGGCGGCCGGGAGCCGCGGCCAAGCCAUGAGCGGCGACAUGACGCUGCGCUACCAGCGCCAGCUGGACGCCCGCUGGCAGCAGGUGGACAUCCAGGAGGUGUUCACGCGCGACGGCCUCUGCCGGCUCUGGAACCAGCUGCUGACCGACGGCGAGCUGACGGGCGCCUUUAGCGACGGCCUUGUCAACGCCGCCGGCGCCGUCGCCAGGAAAGGCGAAAGCGGUCACUUCUACUGCGGCGCGCGCUCGCUGACAUGUCCAUGCUGCGACGGCAUCUGCGGCCCUGGCUAUGGCUGCAACUGUGAACCGUGCCAGCAGCUGGACCGCGAGAUGGGCGGCGAGCAGGCCAGCGAGACGGAGCCGCCGCAGUCGGCGCGCGCUCAGCAGCAGCCGUGGCAGUGGGCAGAGCGGGCGACGCCCGAGCAGCUGUCGGCCUGCCUGCGCGCGCUGCUCCGCCAGCAGGUGGCGGCCGACGCCGCCUCCUCGCCGGCCUCCAGCACGGUGGUCUCGGGCCGCUGUUUGGGAGCCCGGGAGCCGCCAGCCCACAGUCUGGCCCGGGUCGGCUCCCGCGCCGCCAUGGGUUUCGCCAUCGCCUUCCUCCGGCGGGCCUGGAGGUCAGGAGAGGAUGCCGACAUUUGCUCCGAUCUACUUAAGGAGUCUCUGGACGCGUUGCGGUACCUGCCUGAGGGCAAUCUGUUCGACGAGGAGUCGGUGUCGCCCGUCUGGCUGGAGGUGGUCGACAAGGCCAAUCGCUUCCUGCGCUCCGUCGUGCUCGGUGAGGUGGGCGGCGUGCCCACGGCGGACCGGCACCUGGCGCUGUCGCUGUUGCUGGAGCUGGCCGCCCAACGAGCUGCGCUCAGCCAGAUACUCAGCGUGGUGCUGCUCAUCCUGCAGAUCUGGCACGACGCCGGACACACGGCCGCCGACAACAGGACGCGUCGGCACGGUAGCAGCGCGCCCCUGCUGCCCGUGCUGCACCGACUGCAGGCAGCGGCGGCCGCCGCGGCCGGCCAGGGUUCAGCCGCCGCCGCCGCCGCCCCUCACGAGCUGACGCCGGCCGCCCUGUCUCCGACCGAGGUGUUCCUGCGCCUGCUGGAGCUGCCGUCCGACCCAGAGCUGCACGUGGACCUGCGCCAGGUGGCCGUGGUGCUGCUGUGCCUGCUGGACCGGAUGGCGGCGCCGCUGCAGCCUGACAACACCGCCGCCAAGGACACGGGCCGUCAGGAGCUGCUGUGCCUGGGCAGCGGCGGCGGCGGCGCGCCGGCCGCCGCCAGCCUCAGCCGCGUGGAGGGACUGGCCGACCUCCGAGUCAAGCAGAUGGCCUGCGGCGAGCAGGCGGCUCUGCUGCUGGCACACACGGGCGCCGUCUACCUGGUGGUGUACGGCGCCGACAAACAGUCGCUGGCGCCGGUGGAGGGCCUAGCUGACAAGGAGGUGGUCCACGUGUCGGCCCACCCGGAGGGGCAGCACUACAUGGCGGUCACCGCGCACGGCGAGCUGCUGUCCUGGGGUAACGGCGACGGCGGCCGGCUGGGCCACGGCGACUGCCAGUCCCUGGAGGCGCCCGCCCUGGUGGUGGCGCUCACCGGCAAACACGUGACCUGCUGCAGCUGCGGCAGCACUUACAGCGCUGCUCUGACCAGCUGCGGCGAGCUGUACACCUGGGGCCGCGGCAACUACGGCCGACUGGGUCAUGGCAACUUUGAGGACUGCCACCUGCCCACUCUGGUGCAGGCUCUCACUGGUCACCGCGUGGUGGACGUCUGCUGUGGCUCGGGCGACGCGCACACGGUGGCCGUCACGGACGCUGGCCUCGUCUACACCUGGGGCGACGGCGACUACGGCAAGCUGGGCCGCGGCGGCAGCGAAGGCUCGCGCGUGCCGCAGCUGGUGGAGCGGCUGCAGGGGGCGCGCGUAGUGCGCGCCGUCAGCGGCGCCCAGUUCUCGGCGGCGCUCACCGACGCCGGCGUCGUCUACACCUGGGGCAAGGGCGACACGUUCCGACUGGGCCACGGCACCGAGGAGCACGCCAGGUUCCCGCUCAAGGUUGAGGCGCUCGCAGGGAAGAAGGUGCGCCAGCUGUCGGUGGGCGUGACGACGUGUGUGGCGGUGACGGAGGACGGCCUGGUGUACUGCUGGGGCCGCGGCGUGGCCGGCCGGCCGUCGGUCCUGCCCGGCCCAGCGCCACUGGCAGAGCUGGCCGGCCGCACCGUUCUGGGCGUCUGCUGCGGCCCGCUACAGCUGUUCGCCUGGUCGCCGGGCGCGGAGAGCAAGGUGAGCCGCCGCGUGCCGUUCGUGGUGGACGCCAGCGAGGCGACGUUCGUCUAUCUGGAGCGGCUGAUGGAGAGGGCUGCGCCACCGGCCGCCGCCGCCGCCCGGCCGCCCACCCAGGAGGACGAGUGCAUGAUGGUGGCUGCGCUCCGGCUGCUCACGCUGCAGCUGCACGCGGCCAUCACGCACGGCCUGGACCUGUCGUCACUGGGGCUGGCGGCCGGCAGCCGGCUGCUGACUGCGCUCAAGAGCCGCGUGGUGGAGCUGGCUAGCGGCGGCGGCGUGCUCGGCUCGGUGCAGGCAGCCGCCCAGGCCACGCUCAAGGUCGGGUGGAGCGCGCUGCUGCCCACCGCCGAGGAGCGCGCCAAGACGCUCUCUACCCUGCUGCCGCACGCCGGCUGUGAGGUGGGAUCGCCCAGCGCUGGCCGGCUCUUCAUGACCGACCUGCUCGUCUCGUCGCUGAUGGCCGACGGCGGGCUGGAGACGGCCCUGCGCGCCGCCGUCAAAGUGGAGGUGCAGGACCUGGAGGAGGGCGGCGAGAAGGAGGUGCUGCUGUCGCAGAUGAUGACCGAGCAGGCCCAGCUGGAGGCCGAGACCAAGCGGUCGCAGAGUGCCAGCGGCCAGAAGCCGCCCAUCCCGCUGCUGCAUCUGGUCAAACAGCUGCUCAGGAACAUCUCGUCGCAGACGCUGUACCGGCUGCAGGCGGUGUCGACGGCCGACUCGGCUCUGUCACAGUCUGCGUCGGAGCUGCCGCCGCCGCCGCCGCCGCCCUCCACCGGCGGCAGCGGCCUCCAGCGCUCGGCCUCGCUCGACCUGCUGACGCGCUUCCAGCGGCUGCUGCUGGCCGAACUGCACCACGUCAGCGGCCCGGCCGCCGGCGACGAGAAGCGCGAGCGGCACGACCGCGGCGCCGGCUCGCUGCUCGGCAAGUACGUCCAGCUGCUGAUGGUGUACGUCAACGACACGCUGUCGGUGGCGUGCGGCGUGGCCGCCGCCGGCUGCAAGCAGUUCGCCCUGGUUUCGGCCACGCUCAGGGACGACAUUGUCGGCGUGCUGGUGCCGGAGCUGGUGCUGUGUCUGCUGAUGCUGCAGCAGCGCAGCCCGGUGCUGCGCUGCCCGCACCUGUCCGGGCCACUGCUGCCGCUGCUCGACACGCUCGACCGCUUCAAUCGGCUGGCGCCCGGCGCCGAGCGCGAGGACACCGAGGACCUCGCCUGGCCCGGCAUCAUCGGCGCCUCGCACUCGACCCACUCGGUGCGCUCCAGCGACGAAGUGCCCGUGAUCAGGCGCGCCGACAUAGAGAACCACAACCGCGACGGCGGCCUCUGGCUCCUCAUCGCCGGCAAGGUGUACGACGUGCAGGACUUCAAGGCGGAGGCGCCGUGCGGGGCCGAGCUGCUGCAGCGGUCGGCCGGCAAGGACGUGACGCGGGCUUUCGAGGCGGCGCAGCACUCGGCCCAGGCGCUGGACACGCUGCGGGGCCUGUUCGUGGGCAACUUUCUCGACCCGGACACGGAGCCCGUCCAGACGGUGGACUCGAGCACGCUCUCAUCGCCGCUGGUGGACGCCGAGCGGUCGCUGGCGCUGCUGCUGGGUCUGCAGGCGCACACGUUGUACCGCAGCGCGCCGCCGCAGCCGGCCGAGCUGCAGGCGCAGGCGCUGCUUGACAGCGGCGUGUUCGACGGCGGACUGGCGCGAGGCGUCUCUCAGGGACUGGACGACGCCGACAAGGACCGUGAGACCACCAAUUCCCCCUUCAAGGCUCACAUGGACUCAUCCGCCAUGGAGGAUACUGUCAAACUGAUUCUAGCGUAUGCGGAGGGCAUUGAUGAGGACGAGGGCGUGCAGCGGCUGAGCAGUGCCAUCUCUGGGCACUGCGACAAGUUCCACCUGCGGAUGCCGCUACAGGUGUCGCCCGACCACCCGGUGGAGCAGGUGGGCCGCCGGCUGCUGGCAGCCGUGCUGCGUCAGACGGGUGCCCACCGCCGCCUCCAGCCGUUCCUGCGCCCAGCGGCGGCGGGGCCGGACGGCGAGGCGACCGAGCCGCGAGAGCUGCCGGAGCCGCUGCCGGAGCUGCUGCGGAUCGUGCAGCGGACCAAGCUCUCGCUGAUCCGCACGCGACAGCAGCUCGACUCCAGCUACAAGGAGGUCUGCGCCGAGCCCAUGGACAAGUGCCGGUUCCUGCUGUACAAGAUGCGGCCGCUGUCGUGCGCGGCGGCGCGCGCCGCCUCUGGCCGUCGCCUACUGCACGUGCCCAGCCGCUGGCGGGCGGCGGCGCGCCAGGUGCUGCUGGCGCGCUCCGGCGGCCUCAACGUCCGACCAGAGGACAUACUCAACGAGAGCAUCCAGAAGGAGCCGUCGGAGGAGGACGGCGAGGCCGAGAAGCAGCUGCUGGAGGCGGCGGCGGCCGGCUGCGCGCCGCCCCCGCCCUCCCAGACGCUGCCGGCCGGCGGCGUGGCUGGCUCGCCGGAGGACGACUCGGGCGCGGAGGAGGAGGAGCGCUCGGAGAAGCUCGCCGCCGAGGCGCUGCCGGAGAAGACCGGCGAGCCCGACCACGAGCGCUCCGAAAAGUUCGAGGAAGACCGCUCCGAGAAGGUGGGCGAUGAGGAUCUCUCGGAGAAGCUGGUGGCGGAGGACCGGUCAGAGAAGCUGGUAGACGAGGAUCGCUCUGAGAAGCUGCUCGACGAAGAUCGCUCCGAGAAGCUGGUGGACGAAGACCGUUCGGAGAAGCUAGAAGAGGACGACCCGUCCGAGAAGGUGGACGACGAGGACUGUUCGGAGAAGCUUGAGGAGGACGAGGAGCGUUCUGAGAAGGCCGAGGCCGGCGGGAAGCGCUCCGGCGGCGGGGUGGGGAGUCACGACAACCGAAGAGACGAGGCCCCCGAGCAGGUGGUGAAGGACGCACUGUCGUGCGACUCGGAGCCUGGGGCAGCCGCUGCCGUCCGCGUCGUGCCCGGCAAGCUGGCGCUCAAGCUGGAGAUGAUGGAGACGACAGAGACUUGGACGCCCGCAGCGUGCGGGCCCAAGCGCGAGCACAUCGCCUCGGGCGCAGCGCUGCCAGAGUCGUCGCCUGUCGAUGUGCUCGAGAUUGCUAACAAGAUCGCCGCGUUCGUGACCCAGACCUCGGUGGACGUCGGCGUGGUGCAGAAAGCUCUCACAUGCCAGAUGGAGCGGGCCGGCCUGCGCCUGCGCGGUCUGGACAUGGUGCACGGCCUGCUGGCCAAGACGCACCUGGUGGCGUCAGCGCGCGUCCACCUGCUAAUGGGCUGGCUCGGCCUGGGACCCACGCUCAAGGCCAGCCACACGCCGCUGCCGUCGUGUCUGGACGGCGUGCGUCGUAGCCGGCCGUACGAGCGGGCACAGCUGCUGGUGCAGCACGGCCGGCUGCAGCAGCUGGCCGCUCAUCAGCUGCGCCAGCUGGCGGCCGACGCCGAGCAGCAGUUCCGCGGCCGUAGCUGCAAGUCCACUCGGCUCAAGGAGAACCUCAACCACAUGGACCAGAACGGCCUCUCGACGCUGCCGUCGGCCAGGUUCCUGCUGCCGCUGCUGGCUGUCCUGAGCGGGGAGCAUGGCCCGGACGUGGGCUCGAUGCUGGUCAGCUCCGGCCUGCUGGCCACGGCGCAGACCCUGCUCCGGCUGCUCGGUCCGGACCCGUCCGGUGGGCCGGAGGAGCCGCUCUCGGUGCCGGCCAUUCUGGAGGAGACGGUCGAGCGGCAGCGCUCGCCGCAGUACCAGCUCACCGGGCCCGAGAUGGCCGCGCUCAUGAAGAUAGGCACGCGCGUCGUGCGCGGCGAGGACUGGAAGUGGGGUGACCAGGACGGGCCGCCGUCCGGCGAGGGCGUCGUCAUCGGAGAGCUGGGCGAGGACGGCUGGAUCCGCGUCCAGUGGGACAACGGCUCGGCCAACUCCUACCGCAUGGGCAAGGAGGGCCGCUACGACCUCAAGCUGGCCGACGUGCCGCAGCCGCUCUCCUCCGACGACGAGGACGACGACGACGACCUCACGGCCACAGAGGCGCCAUCCGAGAGCCGACAGCCGACCAGCCUGUUCCGCCAGAGCUGCCUGCGGUUGCUGCAGGCCCACACGCUGGCGGCCGGCCUACACGGCGAGGCGACGGCGCCCGCCAGCGUGCAUCGGCUCACGGCGCUCAUCAGGGACAUUGUCAGGCACGGCCGCACGGAGCCGGCCUCGCCUCUGCAGGAGCCGGAAGCGUCGCUGCACACGCAGCACCGCAGCUGGGCCACGCUGCCGCUGGUGCGGGCCGUGGCGGGCUGCUCGCCGGCCGUACAGCGCGCCCUCUGCCGGCCCGCCUGGCUCACCCUGCUGCUCGACAGGCUCGAGCCGCACGUGCCGGUGGAGGCCCAGCUGCAGAGCGUGCUGCUGCUGUCCUCAUGCCUGGCCGCCUGCCGCGAGCCGGACCAGAUGCGCGCCCUGCUGCACCGCCUGCUGACGCGCAUGGGGGAGGCCAUGCUGACUGGUGCCAACGAGGCCAAGCUGGCGCAGGGCGGGGACGGCCUGGUGCGCGCCGGCGGACGCCAUUCCCUGACCGCGUCGCUGACCUCGACGCUGGCCGAGGAGGUGGUGGCGCUGGUGCGUCGGCUUCACGCGCUGCCCCACUGGACGGCCGUCACCAGCCAGUACCUGGCCGACUGCGUGGCGGCGCUGCCCGCCCAGCCGGCCGCUGAUAAUGAGGCGCCAGCCGAGUCGCCUCCGGACGACGCCUCUGGAGACUACCGCCAGGCGGCGCUGCUGGCGGCCGUCUCCGUCGUCGGCGGCGUCGACCCGCGGCCGCGGCUGGGCGGCCUGGUCCGUGUCGGAGCCGACAACCGUGGCCUGGUGGUGCGGCUGGGCGUGCAGAAGCUGUUCGUGCGCCUGCUGUGCUCGGGCGAGCUGAAGCGGCUGCCGGUGGCGGCCGUCGUCGGCCUUCCGUCCGUGCCGCCCACCGUCGAGAGGUUCCCGACGUCGGAUGACUUUAUCCAGAUGUGGGCCAACCUGCUGCUGUUCGCCAUGGAGGCCCCACGGGCGGAGCAGAUCAAGUCGCCGAUGCAGGCAGCGGCCGUCAGCCGCGCCGGCGUGCGCCAGCAACAGCAGCAGGUGGCGGCGCUGGCCGCCUGCCGCCAGCUGACGGGGCGGCAGCAGCUGCUGCGCCGCGUCCUGCAGAGCCGGCAGCUGCUGCAGCGGCUCACGGCCGUCGCCACUCAGCCCAGUCCGGUCAAAACCGGGUACAGCCCGCUCGAGAUCGAGGUGGCAGCUCUGGCGCUAUCGCAGCAGCUGGCGUACGACCUGCACCACGCGCGCCCGGAGCUGGGCGCGGCCGACACGCCGUCGCUGGGUGCGUCACCGCCGCCCAGCGAGGUGGUGCGCCAGCUGAUUGAGAUGGGCUUCGUGCGCCGCACGGUGGAGCGCGCCCAGCAGUGCAUGGACGGCGCCCCGAGCGCGGAGUCGGUGGUGGCCUGGAUCCUGGAGCACCUGCCCACCAGCGGCUCCAGCUCCGACUCCGAGGAAAGCUCCCUCUCCUCCGACGACGAGCGCGAGGAGGAGGAGGACGACGACGAGGACACGAGCACCUCCGACUCGGCGGCCGCCGGCGCCACCGGCUACCAGGCGCCCGUGCAGCCGGGCCCGGCCGAGGCGUUCCGCCGGCGCCACCAGUUCGCCUCGAACGACGACUACGCCCUGUACGUGCGCACGCACAUCGCCGUGGGGCUGACGGUGCGCUGCUGCCGCUCCUACGAGGAGGUGCACGAGGGCGACGUCGGCACCGUGGUCAAGCUGGACCGCGACGGCCUGCACGACCUCAACGUCCAGGUCAACUGGCAGCGCAAGGUGGGCACCUACUGGGUGCGCUACAUCCACGUGGAACUGUUGGGCGUGGCGGCCGUGGCGGCGGCCACCACGCACGUGCGCGUCGGUGAUCGUGUGCGCGUGCGACCGGCCGUCCACACGCCCAAGUACAAGUGGGGCUCGGUCACCCACCGCAGCAUCGGCAUCGUCACAGGCAUCAGCAGCAACGGCCGGGACGUGACCAUCGACUUCCCGCAGCAGGGCAACUGGACGGGCCUGCUGACCGAGAUCGAGCCCGUGCCCACCAGCCACCCGGGCGUCAGCUGCGCCGUCUGCGCCGCCGCCCCCAUCGUCGGACCGCGUUACAUCUGCAAGGUCUGCGACCGCUGGGACCUCUGCGAAAGCUGCUUCAGGACCACGCGUGGCCACCGGCACGGGUUUAACCGUCUGGUAGAGCCGGGUAGCGCGCCGACGGCGGCCGGCCGACCGGGCCGCGGCCGCCUGGCGCCCGGCGACUCGACCUCGCCCGGCGCCGAGGGCCUCAUCACCGAGUUCCGGCGCUGCGUACGCGGCCUCUCCGUGUCCAGCCGCGAGAGCAUCGCCAACAGACUGGCUGAGGACGUCAGCGGCUUCUGGCAGAGCUGCGGCACCCACGGCAAGCACUGGAUCCGUCUGGAGAUGCAGCCGGGCGUGACCGUGCACAGUCUGCAGCUGCUGGUCUCGCCCGAGGACGGCUCCUACAUGCCGCACCUGCUGGUGGUGUCGGCCGGCGCCCAGCUGACGGCGCUGCGCCAGCUGGCCGCCGUCACCGUGGCGCCGCACGAGACCUGGGUCACGCUGCUUUACGACCUGGCCGAGUACCACCAGUACAUCGAGAUCACAGUGCGCGAGUGUCGCGAGGGCGGCAUCGACUGUCGCGUGCACGCCCUGCGCGUGCACGGCCGACAGCGGACCGACGACGAGACGGGCGCCGCCACCGUCUGCUUCCUGGCCAGCGACGGCGAGGAGGAGGUAGAGAGCGGCUACCUGGGCGGCCGGCCGGCGGCGCGCGGCGUGCCCGGGCCCGGCCUCCAGAGCCGCGUCUUCGUCUGGGGCCUCAACGACAAGGACCAGCUGGGCGGCCUCAAGGGCAGCAAGAUCAAGCUGCCCGUGCCGUCCGAGCCGCUGAGCAAGCUGCAGCCGGCGCAGAUCGUGGGCGGCAGCAAGUGCACCUUCAUCGUGUCGCAGGACGGCAGGGUGUACGCGUGCGGUGAGGGCAAGAAUGGUCGGCUGGGCCUCGGUCACUGCAUCAUCACGGGCAGUCCGCGCCAGCUGACAGCGCUCGGCCAGUACGUGGUUAAGAAGGUGGCUGUCAACUCGGGCGGCCGGCACGCACUGGCGCUCACCGCCGACGGCAAGGUGUUCUCGUGGGGCGAGGGCGACGACGGCAAGCUGGGCCACGGCAGCCGCCAGUCGUGCUUCAAGCCGCGCCAGGUGGAGGCGCUACGCUCGCGCCGGAUCCGUGACGUCAGCGCCGGCAGCUCGCACUCGGCCGCCAUCACCAGCUGCGGCCAGCUGUACACCUGGGGCCUCGGCGAGUACGGCCGGCUCGGACACGGCGACAAUGUCACCCACCUCACGCCCAAGCUGGUGGAGGCGCUGGCCGACCACCGAGUGGUGCAGGUGGCGUGCGGCUCGCGCGACGCCCAGACCCUGGCGCUGACCGACAAGGGGCUGGUCUUCUCCUGGGGAGACGGCGACUUCGGCAAGCUGGGCCGCGGCGGCAGCGAGGGCUGCGCCGUCCCUCACAACGUGGAGCGUCUGAACGGGCUGGAGGUGUGCCAGGUGGAGUGCGGCGCCCAGUUCAGCCUAGCCCGCACCAGGACCGGACAGGUGUGGACGUGGGGCAAGGGCGACUACUACCGACUGGGCCACGGCACCGACCAGCACGUGCGCCGGCCCAGUCAAGUGGAGGCGCUGCGUCCGCACAAGGUGGUGCACGUGGGCGUGGGUGCUCUCCACUGCCUGGCCGUCACCGACACGGGCCAGGUGUACGCCUGGGGUGACAACGACCACGGCCAGCAGGGUAACGGCACCACCCAGGUCAACCGGAAGCCGACGCUGGUGCACGGCCUGGAGGGGGUCAAGGUGUCGCGGGUGUCGUGUGGCUCAAGUCACAGCGUAGCCUGGACGACACCGGAGCCGGGCGCGCCCGCCCAGCACGAGCCCGUGCUCUUCCCCACCGGCCGAGACCCGCUCGGCACCGACAUGUUCGGUGAGCCGACCGUGGAGCCGGUGCGGACACCCGAGCUGCCGCUGGACAGCUUCACCUCGCUGCUGACGGCCGACGACGCGCGCGGCCUGGUGGACCUGCUGAAGCUGUCGGCGGCCGGCCGGAUCGGCCAGGACGCCACGGCGGCGCUGGCCCAUCUGCUGAAGGCGAUGGGCCGCUGUCAGCCGGCCGUCAGCGCCAUGCUGCUGGAGACGUGCGUCACUGAGCUGGAGGACGUGGCGAGCGGCGGCGGCGGCGCGGUCCACCUGCCGCCGCCGGUGGUGCAGGAGUCGCUGCACCCCUACCUGGGCGACACCAACCUCUCGGGACACGUGCGCAUACCAGGUGCCGAGUCUCUGUGGGUCGAGUUCGACCCGCAGUGCUGCACGGAGCGGCGGCGGGACCCGCUGACACUGACGGACGCCGGCGGCCGCGUGCUGCUGCGCGUGCCAGGCGCCGAGCUGCGCUGGAAGUUCGGCUCCGAGCUGGGCGGCGGCGGCAGCUGGGGCUGGCGCUUCACCGUGCACCCGGUGCUGCCGCGCGGCGCCGCCGCCGCCGCCGCCGGCUCGUCCGACCGGCGCAUCCUGUCGCGGCCCAGCCUCGACCUGGUCAGGCACGUGCUGGACGUGCGGGCGGCGCGUGAGCCCGGCACUGUGGCGCGCCUGACAGCGGCGCUGGCCGGCCAGGAGGCCGGCGGCCCGCUGACGGUGCUCGUGCAAGCGCUGCCCGAGGCGCUACUCCGCCAGCACGAGUACGAGGAGCCGCAAGUGCGCGCUGGCAAGCAGCUGAUGCACAGCGAGUUCUGCAAGGAGCUGGUGGCGCUGGCGUGCGAGCUGGCGUUCGACCGUCUGCCGGCCAUCGCCGACAGCCAUCGCUGGAGCUGGUUCCGCCGCUACUGCCUGGCCUCCCGCGUCAUGACGGCACUCAUCCAGCGCCAGCAGCUGCCCGCGCAGUUCCAGGAUGAGGUGGCCAAGAAGAUCCGCGAACUGAGUGGCGAGGAGGCGACCGACUGCCGCCACCUGGACCACGCCGUCUUCACCGAGGAUAAGGAUCAGCAGCUGCUGCAGUGGAUACACAGACGGCCGGACGACUGGACGCUUUCGUGGGGCAGCUCAGGCGUCAUAUACGCCUGGGGCCACAACCAUCGCGGCCAGCUGGGCGGCCUGGAUGGCGCUAAGGUCAAACAGCCCACCCCGUGCGAGGCCUUCUCGCUGCUGAAGCCGGCUCAGCUGAUCGGCGGCGAGCAGACUCUGUUCGCGGUCACAUCCGACGGCAAGGUGUACGCGACCGGGUACGGCUCGGGCGGCCGGCUGGGCAUCGGCGGCACCGACUGCGUGUCGACGCCGUUCCUGUUGGAGACCCUGCAGCACGUCUUCAUCAAGAAGGUUGCCGUCAACAGCGGCGGCAAGCACUGCCUGGCUCUAACCUCGGAGGGCGAGGUGUACAGCUGGGGAGAGGGCGACGACGGCAAACUGGGGCACGGCAGCAAGAGCUCGUGCGAGCGGCCGCGUCUGAUCGACGCGCUGCGCGACAAGCGCGUGGCGACGGUGGCGUGCGGCGGCUCGCACUCGGCCUGCGUGACAGUGGACGGCCACCUGUACACGUGGGGCCGCGGCCGCUACGGCCGGCUCGGCCACGGCGACUCCGAGGACCAGACCAGGCCCAGGCUGGUCGAGACGCUCGUCGGCUGGAAGGUGGUGGACGUGGCGUGCGGCUCUGGCGACGCGCAGACCCUCUGUAUCACGGACGACGACAACGUCUGGAGCUGGGGCGACGGCGACUACGGCAAGCUGGGGCGCGGCGGCUCGGACGGCUGCAAGGUGCCCAUGAAGAUCGAGUCGCUCUCCGGGCUGGGCGUGGUGCGGGUGGAGUGCGGCUCCCAGUUCUCGGCGGCGCUCACGCGCUCCGGCAGCGUCUACACCUGGGGCAAGGGCGAUUACCACCGGCUGGGACACGGCUCGGACGAUCACGUGCGCCGACCCAAGAAGGUGGCCGCGCUGCAGGGGAAGCGGAUCGUCUGUAUCGCCGUCGGCUCGCUCCACUGUGUGGCCUGCUCCCAAGACGGCGAGGUGUUCACCUGGGGCGACAACGACGAGGGCCAGCUGGGCGACGGCACCACCAACGCCAUCCAGCGGCCGAGGCUGGUGGCCGCACUGUCGGGGAAGAAAAUCAACCGCGUGGCGUGUGGCUCAGCCCACACGCUGGCCUGGAGCACCAACGUCUCGUCCAACACCGGCAAACUGCCCAAACAGAUUCCGCUGGAGUUUGACCACCUGCGCGAGUUGCCGGUGCCGGUGCUGCGCAACCGUCUGGUGGUGCUGCACCACUUCUCGGACCUGCUCUGCCCACUGGUGCCCAUGUUCCACCUGAACGCGCCCCAGCUGCGCGCACUCAUCGUGCCGGCCGUCAAGGAGGCUGCCUUCAGGAAGGUGGUCCAGGCCACCAUGAUGCGGGACCGGCAGCACGGGCCGGUGGUGGAGCUGAACCGGAUGCAGGUGCGCCGCCAGCGGGGCCGGCCGUGCUCGGCGGCAGCGGCGGCCGCCGCCGCCCAGAAGACCGUCUUCUGUCAGAUGGCCAGCAAGAUGUCGCUGCUCGGCCCCGAGGCGCUGUUCCUGCCGCACCGCGUCUGGAAGGUCAAGUUUGUCGGCGAAAGCGUGGACGACUGCGGCGGCGGCUACAGCGAGAGCAUCGCCGAGAUGUGCGACGAGCUGUGUGGCGGCUCUCCGCCGCUGCUGAUGAUCACGCCGAACGGCCGCGGCGAGGCCGGCGCCAACCGCGACUGCUUCCUGCUAAACCCGACGGCCCGAUCGCAGCAGUACCGGCACAUGUUCACAUUCCUCGGCGUGCUGAUGGGCAUCGCCGUGCGCACGGGCUCGCCGCUGAGCCUGAGCCUGGCCGAGCCCGUCUGGAAGCAGCUAGUGGGUCUGCCGCUGACGCCGGCCGACCUGUCCGAGGUCGACCGUGACUACCUGCCGGGCCUGCUGCGGCUGCGCGACGACCCGUCCCUGGCCUCGCUCGAGCUGCCGUUCAGCACGCCGUCCGCGGCCGGUCACGAGGUGCAGCUGAGCAGCACACACCGGCGCGUCACCGACGCCAACAAGACCGAGUACAUCCGGGCCGCGCUCAACUACAGACUGCACGAGCUCGACCCGAUGGUGGCGGCCGUGCGCGAGGGCAUGAGCCGGGUGGUGCCGGUGCCGCUGCUGGAGCUGUUCAGCGGCGCGGAGCUCGAGACCAUGGUGUGCGGAUCGCCGGACAUCCCCAUCAAGCUGCUGAUGGCCGUCGCCACCUACAAAGGUGUGGACGCCUGCUCGCCGCUGGUCGCCUGGUUCUGGGAGGUGAUGCAGGAGCUGAGCACCCUCGAGCGCUCGCUGUUCCUGCGCUUCGUGUGGGGCCGCACGCGGCUGCCACGCACCAUUGCCGACUUCCGCGGCCGCGACUUCGUGCUGCAGGUGCUCGACAAGUACCAGCCGGCCGACCACUUCCUGCCAGAGAGCUAUACCUGCUUCUUCUUGCUCAAGAUGCCGCGCUACUCGUGCAAGGCUGUGCUGCGGGAAAAGCUGCUCUACGCCAUCCACUUCUGCAAGUCCAUUGACACGGACGACUAUGCCCGAGUGGCCAUGACAGCCCAUCAGGCCGAGGAGGACGACGCCACCACGGAGACCAGCAGCGACCUGAACGACGGAAGCAGCGACUUCUCGGCGUACCCGUUUGACGGCUGACGGCCGGGCGUGUCGUGCUCGUCCUCUGCGGCCUCCUCGGAGGGCCGGCCGCCGUCGCCUCCCCUCUAGUCAGCGGCGCGACUGGGGAUCCGCGAGAGUGUGCCGGGCCCGCCGCCGCGGCCGGGUGCCCGCUGCCGCCGGCCCCGCCCCCGCCCCCGCUCCGCCACGCCUCGUCCCCGCUUACUGCGCGGUGUCCUGCCGCCUCAGGGCUCUCCGCUUCGUGCCGCCGGGCGGCGACAGGACGCACUUUAAGCGGCGGCCGCCGCCGCGCCUCAUCCUAGCGCUCCGUUAUCGUGUGUAGCACUAGAGCAGAGACGGCGCGCCGCUGCGUCCGCUCGGGCGCUCGCUGUUGUGCUGUAGCCCAGCCGUGCUACAGCCGUGUGGUGCUGCGCUGGGUGCCGGCCGUCCGGCGCCGGGCCCGUCCGCUAGCUCGGCGGCGCCGUUCGAUUGGCCCGCCUGGCCGCUGGCCUCGAGCGCGCCCCGCUUCUCCGUGUUUUGUUGUGAGCCGUGUGAUAAUGCAGGCCCGCGGGCAUGUCUCG